UGGUGACAGGAAAAGAUGAGAUAUCAGCCGUUGAUACUGCUGUCCAUUUUUCACGGGGAAAUGCUUUGUCUUGAAAAAACGAUCACCAAAAAGACUGGUAUCUGCGAACUCCGCGAUGUGGGAGACGACUACUGGUAUUCUAUCAUUGCCGAUUUCGUCGUUUCGAAGCAGAAAAACGUCAACUUCUACAACACCGUCCUCACGGUCACAAGAGUAUGCUCAUCGGAAGAGAUCGAUGCAUACUUCGAGCUUGUGUUCACAAUUGCCCCAACUUACUGCAAUUCUCGUGUCAAAUACGACACCAGAGCCUGCACGCCCGUCACCAUGGAGGCUAUUGGGAAGUGUCUUGCAUACGUGAUAGGCGAUCCACCGGACCAACCACGCAAUGUUACGCACUUCGCUUGCGUGGCCCCAGACGAAGCAGACACCAGUCUUCUACCGCGACCUCCUCACUAAGAUUUAUGAUACUCUUUGCACCACUUCCAAUCUAUGCGUCAACGGAACACCAACCUCAGACCUCUACUAUGGUUCGUGUUAUUGGUGAGCGUAGGAGUCUUCAGGAGAAGGAAUCGCAUACAGUUUCAAU